GUUGACUUUAGCGCUCAACUGAAGUUUCUCCAAAUCUUUGGUUUUUCGUUAUUGGUACAGUUCAUCAUCAUUUGGCUUCGCAUAGAAGUUUUGAUGGAUAGUUUUGAAUUCUUCUCCCACAGGAUUAUCUCCCGUUUCCAAUGAUAAUACAGGGCUACUGUAACGGGGAAAUAAUGCUAGGAUUUGCUCAUGAGUGACCCAGAAGGGAUCAAAUCAUUCCUAUACAACUUUCUGCAAAAUAGAAGGCGUGUUGCACCGGAGUACACUUUUAUCGAAAAACCUGCUGGUCGUGGAAAGGUUAGGUUUUUGUGUGAAGUCCGUGCUGAUGGUUAUAAUUACGUCGGAAUUGGAAAUUCAACGACAAAAAAGGAUGCCCAGACUAAUGCAGCCAGAGAUUAUGUAAACUACCUUGUACGUGAAGGCGAGAUUCCUGCAUCCUCUGUUCCCGUAAUUAAGCCUGGUAAUAUCGUGCCCGUUGAAUCAGAAAAUUCAUUCCAACCUCUAAAUCCUGAACAGAAGGUGACAACUGGGCCACAAACAAGUUCAUUCGGUCCUGGGAGCAGCUAUAUUAGUAGCAUUUAUGAUCAAAAGAAACUAGAAGAGGCAGAGGAGGUAGAUUUAACGUCUGAUUUGCAUGGUGGAUGGUCGCUUGAAAAUGCUAAGGGUCGUUUAAAUGAAUACUUGCAGUCAACUCGGCAGCAGAUCGGACAGGUGAAAUAUACUCCAGUGGGUCCAGACCAUGGCAGGAGUUAUAUAGCCGAGAUGACCGUCGUCGCAAAGAAGCUUCGGAAAAACCUAUAUGCUCGAGAAGCGGGAUCAAAUAAACAGCUGGCAUCUCGUGCUUGUUGCUUAUCAUUGGUUCGUCAGCUUUUUCAUGCAGGAGAAAUUGAAGCAUACACCGGUGAAAAAAGAAAAAAGAAACACUGUGAGGUUGCAGUGUUCGAUGUCUGUCUGAAUGAAAAAGUUGAAGAGAAUUUGACCAAAGUGCUAGACAGUCUGGGUCUGCCAGUUAAUUCGAAGCCUCCUGCAAAUCUUCCACCAGACCAGGUCUACAAUAUGAUCACCCAAUAUAAUUUGGUGGGUUUCGAUGACGCUCCGAAACAGCAACCUCAGUCAGUCGCAUGGUGUCCACCACAACCUAACUGGAAUCCAUGGACUGCCUGCAAUAUUGAUGAGGGUCCAGAGGCUAAUCAACCAUUAUUCAACAUCAGCGCUAACUUAGCAGAGGAACGAUUGCGUCGGCUUGAUACUGACCAUGAGUUACGAUCCUUAAUAGACGAACGUUCUCAGUUACCUGUGAGUCCGUACAAAUCUUCGAUUUUGGAAGCCAUAAAAUACAACAGAGUCACAUUAAUUCGAGGUGAAACUGGGUGUGGAAAAACUACACAGAUUCCCCAGUUUAUUUUGGACUCUUAUUUGGAAUCGGGAAUGGGUGCAGAAUGUGCCAUUCUAGUAACACAACCUCGACGUAUAUCAGCAAUUAGCCUAGCCGAACGCAUCGCAUACGAAAGAGGAGAAACAGUGGGGACUUCUGUUGGGUACUGUGUGCGUUUUGAAACUGUAUAUCCUCGACCAUAUGGUUCUAUUCUGUUUUGCACAGUUGGAACAAUGGCACGCAAAAUGGAAGGGGGUCUUCGAGGAGUGUCUCAUAUAAUCGUUGAUGAGAUACAUGAAAGAGAUGUUAAUACUGACUUCAUGCUCAUACUACUUCGUGAUAUGAUUCGGGCAAACAAAGACCUUCGAGUUGUCCUCAUGUCUGCAACCAUUGACAUCACUAUGUUCAACGACUACUUUGGUGAAUGCAUGAUAUUAGACAUAGAGGGUCGGACUCAUCCCGUUGAAUAUUAUUUCCUGGAAGACUGUGUGAAGAUGGUCAACUUUGUACCUCCACCUCCUGAUGAAAAGAAAAAAAAACGGCGUCAAGAAGUGGAGACCACCGCGGAUAACUCUGAGGAGAAUUGCAACUUAGACUGUGACCCAGUCUAUGGUGACGCAGUGAUUCAAGCUAUGAAAGAUAUAGCAGAAAAGGAGGUACCUUUCGAGCUUGUUGGUGCUCUUCUCGAUAAAAUAGUAAGCAUGAGCAUUCCUGGUGCAGUGCUGAUUUUUCUUCCUGGUUGGAAUAUCAUAAGUCUUCUACGCAAAUAUUUACAGUCACAUACCCGGUUUGGCGGUCCGGAUUUCUUUAUUUUACCACUUCAUUCACAAAUUCCUCGCGAAGAUCAGCGCUUGGUUUUCCGUCCAACUCCUCCUGGAGUAAGAAAAAUUGUUUUGGCAACUAAUAUCGCCGAGUCCUCCAUUACAAUCAAUGAUGUCGUCUUCGUGAUUGACUUUUGCUUAUCACGUACGAAACUUUUCACUGCACGAAACAACCUAACAGCAUACAAUACAUCAUGGGCAAGCAAGACAAACCUUGAGCAACGUCGAGGUAGAGCUGGUCGUGUUCGUCCAGGAUUUGCUUUUCAUCUCUGCAGCCGCUCACGCUAUGAACGGUUGGAUCAACAUGCUACUCCAGAAAUCCUUCGUACUCCGUUACAUGAGUUGGCACUACUUAUUAAGCUUUUGCGUCUUGGUCCUGUCAGAGACUUCCUGAUGAAAGCCUUGCAGCCUCCACCACUAGAUGCAGUAAUUGAAGCUGAGCAUACUCUAAAAGAAAUGAAGGCUUUGGAUGGCAAUGAUGAGCUAACUCCUUUGGGAUUCAUUUUGGCUCGACUUCCAAUUGAACCACGUUUGGGAAAGAUGUUAGUUUUUGCAUGCGUGUUUAAUUUAGGAGGAGUAGCUGCUGUUCUUUCAUCAAUCGCAAGUCUUGGCCUUGAUCCGUUCCUACUGCCACCGGAUAAUCGGAGACUCACAUACCACCAACGAAGCUUUGGAGCAGGAUAUUCAAGCGACCAUUUAGCCGGUUUGAAUGUCUUUCAGGUGUGGGCUUGCGAGCGUGCUCGCCAUGGAGAUGAAUCGGCUGAUAUGUUGUGUGAGCGUCAUGGCUUCAAUAGUUCUGCCUUACGAAUCAUCGACGAUGCUGCAAACCAACUCAGAACUAUUCUUAUCAAUUUGGGUUUUCCUGAAGAAUCGUUAUCCGAUGCUCCGAUUAAUUUCAAUGUUAAACAUAAUGUUGACUGCGACAUAGUUUGCACAUUAUUGAUUUCUGGGUUAUACCCUAAUAUCUGUUAUCAUUCGGAAAAACGCAAACUACUAACUAUGGAGGGAACUUUAGCACUUAUACAUAAAGCCUCCAUCAACUGUUUCAAAGACACUAAGUUCACCUACCCAUUUUUCAUUUUCGAUGAGAAGAUUCGUACUCAAGCAGUCUCUUGCAAGGGUCUAUCAAUGGUAAAUCCAAUACAGUUGAUGCUUUUUGGUUGUCGCACAGCCGUUUGGAGGAACGACGAUUCAGGAGAGAAAGGAACUAUUGUUAUCGAUGAUUGGAUUCCUUUCCGUAUGGACUAUACUUCGGCAGCCCGAAUUUUCGCUCUCCGUCCGGCUUUAGAAGCAUUACUUGUCCGAACAUGCUUACGACCUGAAGGUGUCACUGAUCUACAAGAAGAGGAUCAGCGCGUUAUUGAUGUUCUCCAUCAACUGUGUUCUCCGGAGGCCUUAAAUCCAAAUGCUAGUUUUGAUGGGAUGAGUUGCACUGAUUCUCCGCCCAAAAAGAGGUUUGCUGUAGCGAGUAAUUAUCCAUUACUUUCUGGUCGGUCGCGUCGUACUACGGGUAAUGAAGAUCCGUACUCUGAAAAACAAAAUUAUGGGCGUUACGCCAAUCAGUUCAAUCGUUUCAGUGGUCCAGAUGUAAGAUCCGGUGGUCAGUCAGGCUAUUGGCAAGACUCAAAGACACAGUUUUCAAAUCAGCGGUAUUAUAACCAAGCUUCGCUAAAUCGUUUUCCCGGAAACUUCAUGGGAAUGCGGUCUUUUGGUGCUAACAAUGUGAGGAAUAAUUAUAAUGAGUCUAUGUGGGAAUCACCUGCUAUACCAAAUCUUGGUGCACCUCCACAUCUUCCGCGACCAUUUCCUAAUGAACAGUUUAUCCAACAAAGACCACCCAGACCUAGUUGGGGAAAUCGUUACUGAUUCCUGAUCCCAUAGUUUAGUUUUUUUAAAAACUAAUUUUGUUUUGAUUUCUUGUGUAAACCCCCUUGAUAUGUUAUACUGUCUUCAUUUUAUUCGCAUCAUUUCUGGUUAUUAAAUAGGCCAGAGCUUUCAUUCCCGAUGGACUUAAUGUUAUUGUUUAAAUGCAUUUUCGUUUUCAUACUUAAUUUUAUUGUUGUCACUGGUUUCCCUUACACUCUCAUAUAAACACUUGUAAAUUAAAAUGCAUAGUCAUCUAUUCCAUUUUCCUCUCUGCCUUUUAUAAUCCUCGUAACAUUAAAACUGACACGCAUUUACCUCCCCAGGUAUCAGUAAUAUGAAGUCAUAAUUCCAGCGGUUUGUGUCUUUCACACUUGGUUUUCAUUUGCAGCUUCUCACUCUAAUGAGCUGGUGGUUAUGAUUUCUCUCUAUAUCUGCACUUAAUUGACUGAGUUUGAACACAGAGAAACGUUUUACCAGAUUCUAUGGUGACGACAUUCAAGCUACUGAUUGACAGUAUUGUUAUAUAACAGGAAUCACUAGUUUUAUGCACCUAUUCGAACUAAAAUCUCUUGUUUUUUCCUCUUUUCGGUGGUGAAAUCGUUGCUGGAAAACAUUUAUAAGGCGUAUGAAGUCAGUGGAACUCCAUAAUACUUUGAUUAUUAUGCAUAACAAAGUUCAAGAAAAGCAUUUAUUCAGUGACGUUUUCGACACGAUUUAUUGUUCUAAGUCAUUUUUAAUGUAACUACAUUACUUCUAUAGGUCCAUGACAGAUAGUGUGUGUUACUUAUCAACCACUUGCAUUUCAUGCAGUUGGCAUUAUGCCACACCUGUUGUUUGA